GUUCCCCCAGUUUAAAGGUAACAACUUUUUAGGUUUUAGGUAUUCGAGUUCCGAGUUCUCUUGAACGCAGCAUAUUACUUUUUGCACACAGAGAACAACUUUCAAAGUGAGAGGUUUCGCUCCGGUGUACUUCCGCAUUUGCUCACGAACCGUUAAACCAUUCCAAGGUAGAUUUUAUAAUUUCUCCGUUUAGCGAGGACCAAAAAGAGAGACACAAUCAGUGUGUUGUAUAAUGAUGUUCUCAUUAUAAUUAGUUAGCGUGUUGUGUUAUUGAAUUGUAUGACACGCUGACUAGCUCUCUGUUUGUAUGUCGUGGUCGGGUAACUCUCUUGACAAUUUAUCUUUGGCUCUGGGUCGAGUGUCUUGCUUUUCCUGAAGCUCCAAAAUUGAACUUAUCGAAUCAGGGUUACCGGUUUCGUCGCUCCUUCUUGCUGUUAUCAUGGUGUCUGUAAGUCCUGCUGUGGUCAUGCGGCUGGUGGCCUCUGCCUACACUGCGGCCGAAAAAGCUGGGACCAUUGUGAGGAAGGUCCUUCACAGUGGAGAACUCGGCAUUGUGGAAAAGACGGGAGCUAAUGAUCUGCAGACACUAGCAGACAGAUUGGCACAGCAGAGCAUUUGUGCAUCACUGUCCAGAUGUUUUCCUAAAAUCACCAUCAUCGGAGAGGAGGACCUUCCAGCUGAGGAGAUAAAAGAAGAUCUCAUUGAAAGUGGGGUCUCAGAGGAAAUCCUUCAGAAGACAUGCCCAGAAGAAUAUAGCGGUCUCAAAGAGGAGGAGCUAGUUGUGUGGGUUGAUCCCCUCGAUGGCACAAAGGAAUAUACUGAAGGGCUCCUGGAUAAUGUGACGGUGCUUAUCGGUAUUGCAUAUGGAGGUCGAGCAAUUGCAGGUGUCAUCAACCAGCCUUUCUACAACUACGAGCUUGGAGCAGGAGCAGCUUUAGGGAGAACCAUGUGGGGAAUGCCGGGACUGGGUGCCUUUGGAUUUCAGCUGAAGGAAGUUCAAGGUGACAGGCGCAUUGUCACCACCACACGUUCCCAUAGCAACAAGCUGGUAACAGACUGUGUUGACGCCAUGGAGCCUCAUGAGGUUAUAAGAGUUGGUGGUGCUGGGAACAAGAUAAUCCAGCUUCUUGAAGGAAAGGCUUCAGCUUAUGUUUUCGCCAGUCCUGGGUGCAAGAAGUGGGACACCUGCGCUCCUGAAGCCAUUCUGCGUGCUGUUGGAGGUCAACUGACUGACAUGCAUGGCAAAGCAUACCGCUAUGACGCCGACGUCAAGCACAUGAACUCUGCCGGCGUUCUUGCAACACUACGAAACCACGAGUACUACGUCAGCAGAGUACCACAGUCGGUGCUGACGGCCCUCAACUCAGAUUGAUGUCUGUCUUCGACUGAAAUCACAUUUAUAUCCGACUAUAUUCACAUAUGACACAAUAGUUCAGAGAUUUAACACUUAAAACUCAUCCACACAUGCAAUAACCUUCUUCUAUAUGUGAAAAUGUUAUCAAAUGAAUCAUAAACUACCACAUUUUUGUGUCAUGCACCGUUUACUUAACCAGAAACAGAGAGCAGACUUAUUGGACAAACUUGUGUAAAUGGAAAAAAGAUGGUCGGUAUACGGUAAGUUAAAUGUUCAUUAAAGUGUUUUAAAUGAUCAAGUGGGAACACUGUAAUAUGGCUAGACAACAAACAAAAAAAUGCCUUUGUCUUUAUUAAUUUGACUCUUUAUAUUGUUAUGUGAAGACUGGGGAUGCAGUGAUGUUUAGACAUAUAAUGCUUGUUUCCAUAUUUUCCAGAAUGUAUUCUAACAUUUAAUACUGCACAGUCGUGGGAAUUUGUCAAAUAUAAUUGUUCCAAUUAAUUUGCCUUAAUAAAUAGUUAAAUGCC